UUAACCCAAGCAGUCCUCGAGUUUGAAAGAAACUCUCCCCCGGCUGUCGGGAGCUACCCCACCCCUUUCUCUUGAGGUCCGGCCUCUCUGAUUCUCCAUGUGACCAUGAACCUGAAAACAGCCCUGGUGCUCCUGGUUCUCUCCAUCAUCACCAUCUUUGCCUUGGUUUGCGUCCUGCUGACGGGGAGGGGUGGGGAUGCUUCCAGCCAACCUCCCCAGUGCUCCUCACUGAAAACCAAGAGCCAGAUCCGGCCACAUCCCGUCCAGAGCCGGCUCUUCUCGGACCUGACCAGGGAGGAGUUGGCCUCAGUGAUGGGCUUCCUGACCCGGCAGUUGGGGUCAGGGCUGGUGGAUGCAAGCCGUGCCAUCCCGUCUGAUAACUGCAUCUACUCAGUGGAGCUGCGACUGCCCCCCAAGGCCGUAGCCUUGGCCCACCUGGACAGGGGGGAGCCCCCACCUCCUCGAGAGGCCCUCGCCCUUGUCUUCUUUGGCCAACAGGCCCAACCCAAUGUGAGUGAACUGUUGGUGGGACCACUGCCUAACCCCUCCUACCUGCGGGAUGUGACUGCAGAACGGCAUGGGGGCCCCCUCCCCUAUCACAGGCGCCCACUGUCCACAAAGGAAAUGGAAGAAAUCAACAAGAUGAUCACUGAGCGCGUGCUGCCUCUUGCCGCAGGUCUCCUCCAUCGUUGUUGCUACCACAAUGGGAGAAACCUGUUGUCCGUGACGGCCGCCCCCAGAGGCCUGCGCUCUGGGGAUCGGGCCACCUGGUUUGGAAUCUACUACAACGUCCCAGGUGCUGGCCUUUAUCUCCACCCGGUGGGCCUAGAGCUGCUCAUAGACCAUGGGGCCCUGGACCCCGCUCGAUGGACCGUUCAGCAAGUCUUCUACAACGGUCGCUACUAUAAGAACAUGGACCACCUGGAGCAGGAGUUUGAGGGAGGCCGGGUGGAGGUUGUAGAGAUGGCGCCCAAUGGCACCAAAGUCGCUUCAUCUCUCAGGCCUCGAGUUCCCCCAGGCUCCCCUCCCCCACUGCAGUUUUCCCCCCAGGGUCCCCGAUUCAGUGUCCAAGGAAGUCAGGUGGCCUCUCCACUCUGGACCUUCACCUUUGGCCUGGAGUUGUACAGCGGUAUGAGGAUCUUUGAUGUCCGGUUCCAGAGGGAGCGAAUAGUCUAUGAGCUCAGCCUCCAGGAGGCUCUGACUAUCUAUGGCGGCAACUCCCCAGCCGCCAUGCUAACUCGCUAUUUAGAUGGCAGUUUUGGCAUGGGCUUGUUCUCCACGCCACUGACCCGAGGAGUAGACUGUCCGUACCUGGCCACCUAUGUUGACUGGGAUUUCCUUGCAGAUUCUGGGACUCCAAGGACAGUACGUGACGCUCUGUGCAUAUUUGAACAGAACCAGGGCAUCCCCCUGCGGCGGCACCAUUCCGAUCUCUACUCCUAUUACUAUGGGGGCCUCCCAGGGACGGUGUUGAUCCUCAGGUCUGUGUCCACUCUGCUCAAUUAUGAUUAUGUAUGGGACAUGGCCUUUCAUCCCAACGGAGCCAUUGAAGUCAAAUUUCAUGCUACCGGCUAUAUCAGUUCAUCCUUUUUGUUUGGUGCUGGCCGAAGAUACGGGAAUCAGGUUGGGGAACACACCCUGGGUACCAUCCAUACCCAUGCUGCUAACUUCAAAGUCGAUCUGGACGUGGCAGGACAAGAGAACUGGGUGGUAGCAGAGGACAUGGCAUUUGAGUCCAGGCCUGUACCCUGGAACUCAGAGUAUAAGAUGCAGCAGAUGCAGCUGACUCAAAAGACACUGGAGACUGAAGACCAGGCAGCCUUCCCCUUUGGGGGCACCACACCUCGAUACCUCUACCUGGCCAGCAACCAUACCAAUGCUUGGGGUCACCGUCGUGGAUACCGGAUCCAGAUCAUUAACUUUGCAGGGCAGCCAAUGCCUCAGGAGAGCACCAUGGAAAAAGCCUUCAGCUGGGGGAGGUACCAACUGGCUGUGACACAGAGGAAGGAGGAAGAGCCCUCGAGCACCAGUAUCUAUAAUCAGAAUGAUCCCUGGACCCCCACCGUGAACUUCACUGAUUUCAUCAACAAUGAGACCAUAGCAGGCAAGGACCUGGUUGCCUGGGUGACAGCUGGCUUUUUGCACAUUCCUCACGCAGAGGACAUCCCUAACACGGUGACGGUGGGGAAUGGCGUUGGCUUCUUUCUCCGGCCCUAUAACUUCUUCGAUGAGGACCCGUCUGUCCAGUCUCCUGACGCUGUCUACUUUCAGAAUGCCGAGGAUGCUGGGGUCUGCGAGCUCAACCCUGCUUCGUGCCUUCCAGAGACAGCCGCCUGCGCUCCUGAGCUCCCCAAAUUCACCCACGGUGGUUUUAGAACAGGGUCUUAGGGCUGGCCGUGGACCUCAGGGUCCAGAUCUGUGAGGAAGUAAGAGCACUGGAUUACUGUGUGGUUAGUACCAGGGCCGAAGCUCUGCAGCUGUUCUCUCCACAGCUGCCAGACUUCCCUUUUCCUGCCUGGAUGUGCAAACCUUUGAGAAUCAGUGAAUACUCAAGCUCAGGCUCCCUUAUUCUAAAACAUGGUGGAUUCCUGGCUUCAGAGAGGACAAAGGAACGUAUCCCCCCCACCUGGGGCCCUGGAAGUGGGGGGGGCAAACUGUGGCCUAAAACAUUUAAUCUUUUCCCAAAUUUGUUGAAAUCAGGAUGCUAUUCAGGAUCUUCUUGCUUCUUUCUGUGAGAGAUUCCUGUUUUCUUAUCCCAU